AUGUCGCCGCUGUGGCUUUUGGGAAGAUCCUGCAAUGGACAACAUCGACAAGGAAUACGACAUCACGCUGAACAUCUUCAUGACUGCUCGAAGAAGGCUCAGAGUUCUGAAACCACCAAGAGACACCUGUCUCCGGAAACUCUAGAGCUGAUACCAUCAAGAAGAUCAAUGGAGAAAAUCAUCCACGGCUUCUACUCUGAUCUCUUCGACAGCCUUGUCCACCUGCCUCCUCACCAUCUAAGGGAAGACGGACAUGUCUUUCCAGAGGUUCUCCCGUCCGAAGUACGACAUGCUAUCAUGACGGGGAAGAACAGCGAGACCGUGUUGUUGUAUAAAAAGGGAGAUCCACAUGACAUCGGCAACUAUCGCCCUGUCUGCUUACUGUCCGUCAUCUACAAGCUCUUUACAAGAGUGAUACUCACUAGGAUUGAAGAAGUUUUGGAUGAAGGACAGCCAUGCGAGCAAGCUGGGUUUCGAAAAGGAUUCAGCACGAUUGACCACAUUCACACUGUUUCGAAACUCAUCGAGGUAUCACGAGAGUACAAGAUGCCGCUCUGUCUCACCUUCAUCGAUUUAAAGAAGGCCUUCGACUCAGUUGAGACGGAAGCGGUCGUGGAAGCCUUGGACAACCAAGGCGUCCCUACUCAGUACAUAAAGGGUGACACAAUCUCACCCAAAAUAUUCACAGCCACUCUCGAGAAUGCAAUGCGAAAGUUGGAAUGGGACGACAUGGAAGUGAAGGUCGACGGUCGGCAGCUACACCACUUGCGCUUUGCUGAUGACAUCGUAUUGAUAACACCUAGCAUCAGCCAAGCGGAACGAAUGCUGACCAAAUUCGACGAAACAUGUGGAUGCAUCGGUCUUCAGCUGAAUCUACAAAAGACGAUGUUCAUGCGGAACGGAUGGGUCUCGGAUGCCCCAUUCACGCUCAACGGAACAAACAUAUCCGAAUGCACCAGCUACGUUUAUCUGGGUCGGGAACUGAACAUGAUGAACGACCUGAUCCCCGAGCUGGGCAGGAGGAGACGAGCGGCUUGGGGAGCGUAUAAGAGCAUCGAGGAUGUAGUGGAGAAGACCAGGAACACCCGGCUCCGUGCUCACCUCUUCAACACCACCGUACUUCCUGCUUUGACCUAUGCUUCGGAAACCUGGGCAUUUCGCAAGCAGGAAGAAAACGCGGUGAGCGUCAUUGAACGUGCAAUUGAGAGAGUGAUGCUAGGAGUAUCCCGUUUCACGAAAGUGAGGGACGGGAUUCGAAGUUCUCUCCUACGUCAACGAUCGAAGAUUAGAGACGCCGCCACGUUUGCCAAGGAAAAUGAAAUAAAGUGGGCCGGACACGUGAUGCGCUUUAAUGACAACCGUUGGACCAGAGCCGUGAGAGACUGGGUUCCCCGUAAGCACACUACAGGAAGACCGCCGACCCGAUGGUCAGAUUUCUUCACGAAGUCCUUCAAAGAAAAAUAUGAUGCUCUUCGUGUCCCACGCGAAAGGAGGAACCACUGGGCUACUCUGGCACGCGAUCGGGACAAAUGGAAGAACUACUGGCGCCCGCUCGACCAGUUCGAAAAUCAACGGGAGUCAAGUCAAGUCAAGUCAAGUGAUAACGGUGUCCAGCCAGUCGAACCUGCGGCUUCUGGAGAGCAGCUGAGUGCAGAUGUCCAUGCGUCUUUGGCGGUUACCGUCGCUCAAUGCAUGUGGGAGAAACUGACCGAGCUUUUUCACCAUUCCGAGAGAUUGCAGUCUACGGUGAUCACGGUGGACAGCGAACAGCCAAGACUGGCAGCAAAAUUCCGCACACCUUCAUAG